AUGGCAUCCUUUUUGUAUGAUAGUCUUUAACCUUAGAGUUUGUAUUAUGAUAAAAAAUCAGAACUUAGCGAAUAGGAUUAUAAAAAAAGACUUGAAACUACUACAACUGUAUAUGUAGGAAAUUUACAUUUCCAAACAAGAGAGAGCGCACUUUAUGAAUUAUUCUCUCGUGCAGGAUAAAUUAAAGAUCUUAUAAUGGGUAUUAAUAAAGAAGGUUAAUCAGCAGGAUUCUGUUUUGUUGUUUACCACACUCACGAAGAAGCUAGAAUAGCAGUUGAAUAUAUUUCAUAGACAAAACUAAAUGAUAGAGUGAUUAGAGUAGAUUGGGAUUAUGGUUUUAAAGAAGGAAGAUAGUUUGGAAGAGGUAUGGAUGGAUAUCAAAAAAGAGAUUAAUACAGAUAAUAAAAUGACUCUGGACGUCAUAAUAUUCAUUAGUAAUGGAAGGAGCGUUAACAAUAGCAAUUUUAAGAAAGGUCUAAUAGUAGAGGUGGCUUUAGAGGGGGCAACAACUAUAAUUAAGGAUAAAGAGAAGGUUAUAAGGGAAGGUUUAAUAAUAAUUAGGGCAAUCAUAACUUUGAUGAAAAUAGUUAAAAUAGAUAUAAAAAGAGCUACAACUAAUUUAGAAAUGAACAAAAAGAAAGAAGUAAUUCAAGUUCUCCAGAAUAUCCUAAGAAAAAGAGAUAAUAGUAAGAUGAUGAAAAUGAUGAUUGA